GUAAAUCCCUCUGUCUUUUUUUAUUUUUAUUUUUUGAUAUCUAUGAUCGGUUUUCGUAUCUGGGUUUUGCUCCGAAUUGCAUUUUUUUUUAGUUUGUUCUUGGUUGUGGUUACUAUACUUGAUUCUUGGUUUCUUGAUAUCUAUGGUUCGGUUUGUAUUUAAGAUUUUUUUAUUUAAGUUAAAUGUGUGAAGAUGAUAUGACUUAAUCUGCAGAUUUAAGGAGAAUGAAUGGAAAUGAAUGAAUGGACUAUGUGAUUUGGUUGUUGGGUCAUUUUGCUUUUGCCUUUUAUUUUGCCCUUUUAUCAUGUAAAUCUAAUGGUCUAUGUUUGGAUUAUGAUACCCUUUUAGUAAACAUUUUUUGUAGCAUUUUCCUUUUAUUUUUACUGAUUUUUUAUUUUCCUUCUUCAUUUUGGAAUGCUAGUACUGGAUCCAAUUUCCACUGCUACUUUUUGUAUUUUUUUGUGUGUGCUUGUGUGUAAUAUAUAUAUAUAUAUAUAAUCUCUUCAAAUGAUAUAUUGUUGUGCUUCAGUUGCCUGAAUGGAAGUUAUUGAAUGAGUUGAUUGGUCCUUCACCACUGAAUGGUUAUCUAUUUUGGUGAUGGUCAUGGUUUUGCUGAUUGGUUUGAUGUUGAAUUCAACCCUUUUCAUUUCUGUAAUAUUCUCCAGCUAAAGGUAUAUAGAGUAGAAUAGAAAUGCAGUAGCUCAAUUCAAUGAGCUAUAUUUGUAAUUUAGGUUCUGAGCUUUGUUUUAUGCACUUGCCUUGUCCUUUUACUUGACCAUGGCUUUUAUUUACUUUGUUCAUCUAUGUUUUUUUAAUUGAACUUGUUGUUUUCUCAUGUUAUGAUAUAAAAUGGGCAGAAGUGCGCAAUGGGGUUGGCAAAAGGAUAGUUAUUUCCAAAAGGAUCCAAAUUACGUCAUGUCUGAAGGUCUUUGGAAUGGAGUGGCUCAGAAUGAAGAAGAUAUUUCUUAUAUGUUUGAUGAGGAAACAACCCCAGUUAAGGCCUGCAUGGAUUUGGAAUACCAUGUUGACCAUAAAGAUACUAUGAACAAGGAAGUUGAAGAACGUAGGGAGUCCUUUUCACAAAUGACGAGGCGCCGGAUGCUACAGUUUACCAAUGAUGACUUUGAUAACUCCCUUCUCUGUGAUGAGAUUUCUUCCGUCUUCCUUAAAUCAAAUGUUCGUUUGCAAUAUCCCUCUACAUUGGAUUGUCAUACUAAAAGCAUUUUAUAAUGUUUUAGUAGAAUGAACUUUAUAAACCAUGAGUUACUACACAUUGGAGCCAUUUGAUCUUGAACAUAUAAAUUGAAUUAAAUUCGUUGUUUUCUUCUUUUGUAUUGAAAAAGUUUCAGAAUCUGUAACUCUAGUCUUCAUGGAUCCAUUAAUUUUUAUGUGAAGCUGAUGUAGGUGUUAUCACUGGUGAUUUACAGUUUUCCUACGGGUUUAUCUGUGGGUAUAUAAUGCCCUGCGUUUCUAUUAUGUCGAACAAGUCAAGUUUCAAGAUUUUCGUGAAAAUUAUGCAUUUUAUUUGUUAGAUGAGAUUUUAGUACCCAAACUGCAUGUCUCAUAUUUUUCUGCUCUAUAGGAGGUUGAUUCACUUGA